AUCAGUUUAUAAUCUAGUUCAAUAUGUCCGACACUGCUACCACCACUAAGGUAUUUGACCACGAAGAAGUCGCAAAACACACCUCCCAUGAUGACUUAUGGGUUGUUCUUAACGGAAGAGUAUACGACAUUUCACAAUACAUAGAUGAACAUCCAGGUGGAGAAGAAGUUAUACUCGAUGUUGCUGGUGGUGAUGCCACUGAAGCUUUCGAUGAUAUUGGUCAUUCUGAUGAAGCACAUGAAAUUUUAAAGAAAUUAUACAUUGGUGAUUUGAAGGGUGCUGCUCCAAAGGAAGCUAAGCACGCUCAAAGUUCUCAAAGUACUGGUGACCAACAAGGUUUGAAUUUCCCAUUGGUUGCCGUUUUCGUCUUAUUGCUUGCCUAUGCUGCCUACUACCUUAAGAGUCAACUUAAGUAGAUUUCUGAUUAGAGAAGAAACAAAUGUAAAAUAGAGAAGGAGAAUCAAGUUAUCAAAUCAACUACACUUAUCAACAUAAUUAUGUACAACUGGAGAAUCUGACAAUAUAGCCUUCAGAUCCUGGUUUCAGGCUUAUGCCAGUAUAUUUUUUUUUUCAAUUCUUGACUCUCUUUAUAGUAUAAUAUAAGUUAUAACAAAUAUGG